AAUCAUGAUAGAUUGGGCAGCAGCAGCUACAUUGUAUCGUUUGACAGAACUAAAUAGUUACCUUGUACUUCAAGAGGAAUGAUUUAAAAAAAAUAUCUACUGACGUCGGUAGACAGCCUGUUUACAUAAUUUUUAUUCCUCAAUCAACAUUUUAAAUACAUAGUCAUAUAUUUUUGAAUCUCCAGUUUCACCAGACAGAUGUGGAUACAGUUCUACAGGGAGUAACACACCUGCAUUAAAGAGGGGAAGAGGAUGCUAAUUCAGAGGACCAGUGGAUGACCUGCUUGCUGUACAGACCAUGAUCUGAAGGCCCUGCCACGUGGUCCCAUUCUUCUUCCUUAUUUCCUGCAGGGGUAAGAGCUCCUUGACCAGCUGCCAUAGACAGGUGGAGCGGAGGGAGAUAGAGAGAGUGUGUACGAGAAAGAGUGCGACAGCCAAGCGCCUAGUCGGCAACAGUGCCCACCAACCACCUCCACAGGACAGCCGUGCCCUCCGACCCCGCCACGCCCCCUGCCCCUCCCACCGCCAGACCGGAACCAUGGGAAGGAAAAAGAUCCAAAUACAGAGGAUCACAGACGAACGGAACAGACAGGUGACGUUCACCAAGAGGAAGUUUGGUCUGAUGAAGAAGGCGUACGAGCUGAGUGUGCUGUGCGACUGUGAGAUCGCCCUCAUCAUCUUCAACCACUCCAACAAGCUGUUCCAGUACGCCAGCACCGACAUGGACAAGGUCCUGCUCAAAUACACCGAAUACAACGAGCCCCACGAGAGCCGUACCAACGUCGACAUCAUGGAGACGUUGCGAAAGAAAGGCUUUAACGGUUGCAACAGCCCCGAGCCGGACGGCGACGACUCCAUCGACCAAAGCCCGUUAAACGAUGACAAGUACCGCAAGAACGAGGAUCUGGAUAUCCUGUUCAAGCGCUAUGGCUCAGCCGUCCCACAGCCCACCUUCUCCAUGCCCGUCACGGUGCCAGUGUCCAAUCAGAACGCUCUCCAGUUCAGUAACUCUGGCGGCCUGGUCACCACCUCCUUCGUCACCUCCACCCUCACAGACUCCCGCCUGCUGUCGCCACAGCAACCAUCUCUCCAGAGGAACACUGGGUCUCCAGGGUUACCACAGCGACCGGCCAGUGCAGGUGCUCUAUUAGGAGGUGAACUGAACAACUCCAACGGAGGAUGCCCGAGCCCAGUUCCGAACGGCUACAUCAGUGCCAGGGCCUCCCCCGGCCUCCUCUCCGUCUCCAACGGCAACAGCCUGGGGAAAGUAGUCCCGGCCAAGUCUCCACCUCCGCCCAGCCCUCAGAUGGUGAACAGCCGCAAGCCUGAUCUCCGGGUCAUCACCUCCCAGAGCGGCAAGAGCCUGAUGCAGCUGACCGAUGAGGAGCUGGAGUUGGUGAGUGAGAAUGCUCAGCGGUUAGGUGGUUCUCAAGGGAACCUGUCCACACCAGUGGUUUCCGUGGCGACGCCCAGUCUCCUAGCCCCCUUCUCCACCAUGCAGACGACCUACAACACUGAGUACCAGCUGACAAGUGCGGAUCUCACUGCGCUCCAGACAUUCACACCAUCAGGGCUGCUGCCUAGCAACAUGUCCACCUGGCAACAGCAACCAGCAGUGUCUCAGCAGCAACAGCAGCAACAACAACAACAACAACAGCAGCAGCAGCAGCAACAACAACAACAACAACAGAUUAGCUUGGCGUCACUCAGUAACUUGGUCAUGUGGGGCGCAGAGAAACAGAACGGGGAGAUGGCUAACUGCAUCUCCAAUUUCGCUGCUAACCUGAGCAUGGCCUCUCAAUCAAACUUGCUAUUUGGCAGGGAAGAGGGUCUCUGCUGGCCGGUAGGCCACUUACCUCAGGGCACCAUGCUGACAAUUAACACCAACCCCAACAUCAGCAUCAAGUCGGAGCCCGUGUCGCCCAACCGUGACCGCAGCACCCCGUGCUCCACAGCCGGAGGUGGCGGAGGAGGAGGCCUCGUGACCAUCACAGGGGCCCCUAUGUCAGGCCAGUACCCAGGGGCCCUGCGUCUGGAGCCGUCCACCCUGCAGGGCCGCUCGCCCGUCGGCAGCCUGAGCAGCAACGGCAGCUCCUACGAGGGGGACCGGGACGAUGGGGCCCAGGGGCGGGCCCAGGACUUCCACCACCAGGGAGGGGCCUCCUCGGCCAUGGGGAUCCUGAGGCCCUCGUCCACGCAGGAGCAGCAGGAGCAGGAGGGUGCCAAUGUGAAGAGAAUGAGACUGGACACUUGGGUAACAUAGAUGUGUAGAACAAGGGAGUGAAGGGGAGAGAUGCCCCCCUCUCUCUCACACCCCCCCGACCCCCCCACCCAAUACCUAUUUACCGUAUGUACAGUAAAUGCUGACCUCCACACAUGCCUCCACCACACACAAACACACACACGUGCACCGGACACGCCCAUUUGCGCAUGCUCUUACACACUUUCUCUCACAAAUGUAUGCAUUGACGCACAAGCUGCAUACUGUUUUACCCUAUGUUGUACUACACACACACACACAUAUUCUCACACAUGCACCCUCAAUAGGGGCAGAGUAACCGAACCAGGGAUUACAUGUCAACAUAGUGUGUUGGGCAAGAUUAGGAUUGGAAUGAAUGAGUUCUCUUUUGUUCAAGCUGGCUCUGUCUCCUUUUCGUUUUGAAGGGAGAGAGAGCGUCUAGAAAACUGACUGACUAUUGACUGACUAUUGGCUUUGCUGGGUUUGCUGUUUACCCUCUACAUCACAUAAUACACAUCUGGUAUCCUCCUGUCAUUUAUCCACAGUAGGUCUCUAGUCCAGCUGCACUGCUCUGUUGAGAAACAGUAUGACAACCAAAAUGAAUCCACUUCUUUGUAUCUGCCCAGUGGUACUGUUAUAUCCAGCUUUUGGUGUUUUUGUAAAGAGUAUGAGAUUGGUGAAUGAGAUUUAAAUGGUUUUGUUGGAAUAUUACGUACUCUCUCUGUCUGACUUGUCCAUCAGCCAUCUUUACAUUUCUAUAAACAUUUCUAAUUUAGAUUUAAGAACCCAAAAUUCACCAUUUGAUAAGACAGGAUUCACUGUUCUAAAGUGGACGAUCCUUGUUUUGUUUAGUUUUAGCCAGGUAUUUAAUCAGAACCAUGCAAAUAGCUGUUUAAUCUGAAACAUCGAUACCUUAUCUCUAUGACACAUGCUACAGAUACCUACAGAUCAACUUCAGAUUCUACGUGUGUGUUCCUGUUUUUGAUAUUUAUUUCAAAUGCUCUUUUUGUGUAAAGUUUUUUUGUUACUACCUUCUUGACUUUUUUUGAUUUUUCCACGCUCAAAUCCAUCCGCACUCACACACGAAAAGUAUUUUUGUUUAACAAUGCCAGUGUUUCAGAAGGCUCUGAAUAAGAGAUGUAAACUGGGAGAAAAAGCAAAGAACUGUGUAUAUAAGCAAUUUGUUCUGUUUCCUUCUGUAUGGCUUUUGUAGCGAUAGUAGAUUUUGAGAGUAAGGGAUGAACUGCAUACGAUGCAGAGAAAACGAUAGACGACAGGGAUUGUAUAUAGAAAUAUAUGUUCACAUAUGUUCAGCAGGAUAUCCCUAAAAGCCAAUGUGUUGAUUCUCAGUGGAACUGUCUUUCUAUUUGUGUGUACAUUAGUGUACUACGUUGCAAAGCCAAGUGAGGGUGCUAGAGGGACAGAAUGGAAAGUAGCAGUGGAUUGGACUGUUUGAGUGAGCAGUGGUUAGUACUCUGAUGGAGCGCACUUUAACCCCUUCCUCCCCCAAGCCUCCAAAAUGCCCCCUCUCUUUAAAAGCCAGGUGUCCUCCAGAAUGGGACAGUCAUGUCUGCAUGUCCUCAGGCACAUCAAACUCAUCCAACACACACAUACAAACACAUUCACACACAUUAGCCAGACAAGUAUCCCUUGUGCUUUAUGUUAGAUGAGAGUACCUCCCUGGCCACAUUAAUUAAUUACAGCAUUUCACUCGCUCCCUACCCGUGAUUUAAAAGACAAGUCCAUCUCACUCUCAUUUGACCUCUACCACUAUCAAUUUUCUGCCAAAACGGCUCAUUGCUCCACACACUCAAACACCAUACUCACAUAUACUCUGCACUCUGUUCAAAUGACCUCACAUUGGCUCUUUAUUGUUUUAUAUCGUUGUAGUUGUUGCUGUAGGGAUUGUGCAGCCUGACUCUUCUGGAGUCUAGACGAUCGUCUAGAGACGGAUGGCAGAGAGAGAGCUAUCACGACUGCCGGCAUGUUCACACACCCUUGGACUGUAAGACUGUUGUGUCCUAAGCUUUGAACAAAACAUUGACCCUGAUGUUUUUUUUCUUUUUUUCAUAAAAAUGGUAGCUAUGUCUUGAAUAGGGCCACACGCCAUGAAGCGAUGUUUCAUAACUAGACUAAAUGGUCACUAGUGGAAGCAGACUAUGGGGAGAUGGUUGGUUAGUACUCUGGACAUUGGCCAAUUGAUGUGUUGCAUAAAGCCCUGACAUUAUCUCAGAACAACACUAAGGGUCACUGUAAUCACAAAUGAAAAGACAAUCGUCAUGACAAUAGUUAACCUGCGCCCCCAUAUUUCCCAUGUAUAAUGAAUGAUGUUUAGAGAAUCUCACUUUCCAGUGUUAAUUUGUGCUGGUGACAGUUCUAUUGUCUGUUUUUAUUACAAUUGUUCUAUGGUAAUUGCUAUUAUUACUGUUAAUAUUAUCAUUAUUGUGACCAUCGAUGGUAAUUGUAAUGAUGAUAUAGAAAAGACAAUUUUAUUUCUUGCGGUUUUGUGUAGGUUAGGAAUCUUUAUUUGAAUUUUAUUUUAUUAUAUAUAAAUAUUAUAUUUUUUGUUUUCAUUUUUUGUUUUGUUUUUUUCUUCAAAUGGUGUACAAAUAUUGCACGAUUUAUGACAUAAAACAAAACGGCUGUAGUAAUAUUAGUACAUGUGAGAUCAUGGAAGGUGGUAAACAAGUUUAAUACAAUGCUGCAAUUUUUAGUCAAAUGUAUAAAACUUAGUCUACACAUAGUAAAGUGGGGACAAGACACAUUUUAAUUUAUUUCCGACCAGACACAAAGAUGUCAAUGCAUGGGCAUAACACAAAAAUAGAAUGAAUCAUGUUAUAGGAAAUAAAUAUGAAAUGUAAUAUCAAUAAGAAUUUACAUCACACAGAAAUCAAAUAGAAAUUGAAGAAAAAAGUUAAUAAAUUAUAGUUAAUAUAUUGUGUUCGGCUAGUCUGAUUUCCGUUGUAAAAAAAUAUAUAAAAAAAUAAACAUUUUUGUUGUUUUUGGAGAAUGAUAUACAAUUUGUGUAUAUUUUCAUAAAUAAAGUAUGCACUGAUAUGUUAUUACAAAUUCUAUACUGCUUUUACAAAAAAAGUGUUUGUUAUUGUACCAAAGUAUCCAUUUGUCCCUUCUUACCCUUCCCUUUUUGCGUAUGUUUUAUCGUAUUUUAUAUAUUAAAUAGACAAGUUGACCUACAAAGAGGUUUUGGUUUGUUAUUAUUAUGAUUUACAUUAGAAUGUGGAUUUGAUCAUGUUUGACAGUUUGAUAAUUUAUCAAUACAAACUUAUUUUCUGAAAAAGUUUUCUGAAACGUGAUGUAUCAGCUAUGUUUGGUAAGUGACAUAAAAUAUGGGACUGUUGAGAGAGUUGCUCGUUAAUUGCCAGAGAUAUGUGAAGUGGAGUGAUCUAUUCUUACUAUAAGAUGUCACCACGUGCUGGUAAUGCUUUGGUCAUCAUUAUCAAGUGUUCAGAUCUACUGAAUUAUUUUACAGCCCAUAAACCUAAGCCAAAUAUGUUUUGGUUUUUCUUUAGUUUUCAAAAAUGGAAAUGUUUCUAGAAAUCAUUUACUAUAUCAAAUCACAUUUAAAGCAUUACAUUUUUUGCAAGCAAAGUGAUCAACUUAAUUGACUUAAACUGCAUGUUAUGUGAGACUAUGCCACGGUAUUUGAAUGACAUAACGACAAAGAUUAAUAAUAAUAAAACAAAAACGUUAAUAUAAAAUGACUCUUUGUAAAUCAUAACUGUCAUGGGAGGAAAAGAGAAAGUCGAAUGAUCUUGGAAGGAGAGACUUGGGGAGUUCUCAUGGAGAAAUGUUGUAUUGAGUCGUCUAUUCAU